AUGGUGAAUUACUCUUAUACCCAUUUAGACCAGUUUUUUGCACUCUCAACUUGGCAAAAAGACGUCAAAGGAUCAUUUGGUCUCGUUCCUCCUCCGGGCGACUGGGAAGCUUUUAAACGCAAGAUCAAGUCUUUAAACGAUGCUUGUCCUCCCGGAGAAACCGUCAAAGUGAUUUAUGCUGCACGACAUGGACAAGCGGAACAUAAUGUGAUAGGAGACAAAUAUGGAGAAGCUGGUCAAAUGACAUAUCCUAUUCUCGACCCGAAUUUAACAGCAUUAGGUCGUUCACAAGCUUUUCAAACUCGUUCGUCGUUGAAAAGGGAAUAUGAAAAAGGUAUGCCAUUACCUCAGAAAUGGUUUGUCAGUCCAUUGAAACGAGCAGGAGAAACAUGUGGGAUAGAAUGGGGUUGGUUAUUCCAUGAUAACCUAAAUCAAAUGCAAGACGGGCAAGGAAGAUGGGACGCAGGAAAAUGUCAUAAUGUUCCUGCUGAAGUAAUUGAGAAUAUAAGAGAACACCUUCACGUACAUUUAUGUGAUUCAAGAUGUCCUAUCACAAUCCUCAAACCCCAAUUCCCCUCUUUUGUUUAUCCGGAAAACAUGGUUGAUCAAGAUGAAAGCUGGAAACCUGCAGAAGUAAGGGGUAGAGAAACUGAAGAUGAACUUGUCGCACGGAGGGGGGAAGGUAUAAAAGAGAUUUUGGAGAAAAGUAAAGAUGUAACUUAUAUCAGCUUGACUUCUCAUUCUGGCGCGUUAAGAGGUAUAUACAAAUCAUUAAAUGUCCCAGCUAGAAGUUUGGUAGUAGCGGAAAUGAAUGUCUUAGUGAUCCGGGUCAAGAGAUCGAAGAGUGAUAAAUGCAGAUCGGUUUCUGAUCUGAUACAUAAGGACAGGCAUCUUUGA